UGGCAGGAUUUGAUUAGUCGCAGGAUCGGUAGGAUGCCUCAACGGCCAGAUCUUCGUAACGGCUCCGUCAUGCAUAUGCCGGGCUUCCUGUCACCGUUAACGGAGUCAGGACCACAUGUUAUAACUGUCUAAGCAUAUCUGAGCCGUCCCUUUAUUGAUCUGCGUCCGUCCAUUCAAAUCUCCGUUUUUGGCCCUCUUUCUAGAACCAAAAAUAGAAGAGAGAGAGGGAGAGGUGUUCAGAAAUGGAGGACUACAUGAGCGAAUGCGAGACAAUUGUGGGAAUUGCAGUGAUGGAGGUUGGUCAUGGCGGCGUGAGGGUGAGGCCUGUGGAGGCUUCCACCACUGAUGCGUCCAAGAGGAGGAGGAUUGCUUCUGGGGAGCUGCGAACGUCGCCUUCGUCUAAUGUUGAGCUGAGAAGCAACUGUUGCUACGUGAACUCGCCGCCGGAUUCAGCGUCGCCGGCCCAGUCGGAGAAUUAUGUUGAGCAAGUUCUCGGUGAUUUGUGCGCCAGCUCAUGCGCCGAUCACGCUCCGGAGUCUCGUUGUUCGAGCAACGAGCCCGGUGAGGUCGUGAGGAGCAGCUUGAGAUCUGCAGAUCUGGAGGUCAAGGGUUUCGAAACUGAAAACUCAACGUAUAGCGACGGCAGGUUCAGUAGAGAGACCACUCCAGUGAGCGAGCUCCACGCUGAUUCAGCUGAGAUGGAGUCUACGGCGAAGACUACAGCGGCCAAACCGCGGCGGAAAUCUACGGCGGGAAAGAUGCCGUCGACGGUUGAGAUCGAAGAGUUCUUCUCCGCAGCGGAAAAGUACCAGCAACAGCGAUUCGCAGAGAAGUACAACUACGAUAUCGUGAAGGAUGCCCCCAUGGAGGGCCGGUACCAGUGGGUUCGCUUGGAGCGAUGAAGGAGAAAAAGGGUGAGAGAUUUGCUAAAGUGACAGUAGGGGGUUAAAAAGCAUCUUUUGGAGGGGCGUGGUGUGGUGGUGUCUCUUUCUUUGUUAUAUGUACAGCUUUUCUCUACCUAUGUAAGAAGCUCUGUCUCUGCGUGUACGACAUUCGGAGAAGCUUCUUCUGCAAAUCCCUUUGGGAAGACCCAUUUUCAAUAAAAAUGCUCCACAUUUAGAGCUUUCGGUUCU